AUGCAGCGCGGUCUUUUCGUCUUUCUCCUGAUCAACCUUUUCAUUCUUAUUCUCCUGGUUCGCAAUGUCUCGACGCUGCUAUCGCUACUCGUCGAAGAUGCUGCCGCCGACGCGAUUCACCGCGCCGAGUUGCCCUCGCCAAACUCCAGCCUGAUCGAACAACACCCCCAGAUCAUCCCUAAGAUCAUUCACCAGACCUACAAAAACGAGACCAUUCCUGAAGUCUGGGUCAAUGCCCAGCAGAGCUGCAUUGACCUGCACCCGGACUACGAAUAUAUUCUGUGGACGGAUGAAACGUCGCGCGAGUUUAUCACAGCCAAAUAUCCCUGGUUCCUCGAGACCUUUGACGGCUACAAAUACCCCAUCCAACGCGCAGACUCGAUUCGUUAUUUCGUUCUGGCCCACUAUGGCGGAAUUUAUAUCGAUUUGGACGACGGCUGCAAUCGUCGCUUAGAUCCUCUGCUUACUUACCCUGCGUGGGCGCGCCGCACUGUACCCACUGGUAUCUCCAACGAUGCAAUGGGCUCAGUGCCCCAACACCCCUUCUUCCUGCGCGUGAUCGAAUUGCUCCAGCAGUACGACCGCCACUGGCUCCUCCCCUACAUCACCGUUAUGUACUCGACCGGGCCGCUGUUCCUAUCAGUUAUCUGGAAAGAGUAUAUACAAGACUACCCGUCCGAGAUGAGCCGUGUCCGCAUUCUUAUGCCGGAUGAGUACAAGAAGUACUCCUGGAGCUUUUUCACCCACCACACUGGAAACAGCUGGCACGGCAAGGACGCGCAUUUCAUUUUCUGGAUGGGCCAACACUGGAUGUUCCUCACCUUCUGCGGCUUCCUCCUCGCCGCCGUCGUCGGCUUCUGCCUCUUCUGGACCUAUGGUCGAAUCUUGCUCCUAGGGGCCCAGUAUCGCUACCGCUACAGCAAGGUCUCUUCAAUCAUCAGCCCGUCCCGCUUUUCCUCCUCGCCUUCGCGACGUGCGCGUCGCAUAAUGCCCAUCCUACUGCGGAGGGUAAGCUUCAAAAGAGACGAGGCCACCGAGACCUCGUUCGAACUCGGUCUCCGCGACGACUGA